CUACGUCAACGAUUGGUUGUAGCUAAGUCCCGGCCGUGAGCAGGGGUGCUGUCAGUGGAGGUAGUGUUGAAACAAUCACAGCUUUACAGCCCGUAGUUCCCAGAGGGUGCCAUGGCAACCUUCCAGGAGUUCAUUCAGCAGAAUGAGGAUAGAGAUGGCGUACGUUUCAGCUGGAAUGUGUGGCCUUCCAGCCGACUGGAGGCCACGCGAAUGGUGGUCCCUGUUGCAUCUCUCUUCACGCCUCUGAAAGAACGGCCAGACCUCCCCCCAAUCCAGUACGAGCCGGUGCUGUGUAGUCGAGCUACUUGCCGUGCUGUUCUCAAUCCACUGUGCCAAGUGGAUUAUAGAGCUAAACUAUGGGCUUGCAACUUCUGUUAUCAAAGAAACCAGUUUCCACCCACAUACGCUGGAAUAUCUGAAGUCAACCAACCAGCAGAGCUGCUUCCACAGUUCUCCACUAUAGAAUAUGUCGUUCAGAGGGGUCCCCAGAUGCCACUGAACUUUUUGUACGUGGUGGACACCUGUAUGGAGGAUGAGGAUCUCCAGGCUCUGAAGGAGUCUCUGCAGAUGUCUCUGAGUUUGCUGCCCCCCACUGCCCUGGUGGGCCUCAUCACCUUCGGACGCAUGAUCCAGGUCCAUGAGCUGGGGUGUGAGGGCAUCUCCAAAAGCUAUGUCUUCAGAGGAACUAAAGACCUUAGCGCCAAACAGCUGCAGGAAAUGCUUGGGUUAGCCAAGCCGGCUGCUGCACAGCAAGGGCGGGGCCCACAGGGGCCACAGGCUGCCCCGUCUAACAGGUUCCUGCAGCCAGUGCAAAAGAUUGACAUGAACCUCACAGAUCUUCUCGGGGAACUGCAGAGAGACCCCUGGCCUGUCACGCAGGGCAAAAGACCCCUGCGCUCAUUAGGAGUGGCCUUGUCUAUCGCCGUAGGCCUGCUGGAAUGCACGUUCCCCAACACAGGAGCUCGUAUCAUGACGUUCAUUGGUGGGCCAGCCACACAGGGCCCAGGCAUGGUAGUGGGAGAUGAGCUGAAGACCCCUAUCCGCUCUUGGCACGACAUUGAGAAAGACAAUGCCAAAUUCAUGAAGAAAGCUACCAAACACUACGAGGCUCUGGCAAACCGUGCUGCCGCCAAUGGCCACAUCAUCGACAUCUAUGCCUGUGCCCUGGACCAGACUGGACUUCUGGAGAUGAAGUGUUGCACUAAUUACACUGGAGGCUACAUGGUGAUGGCAGACUCAUUUAACACGUCGCUGUUCAAGCAAACCUUCCAGAGAGUCUUCACCAAGGAUGUGCAAGGAGCCUUCAAGAUGGCUUUUGCUGGCACUCUUGAGAUUAAGACUUCAAGAGAGAUCAAGAUUUCAGGAGCUAUUGGUCCAUGCGUGUCCCUGAACGCCAAAGGCCCUUGUGUGUCGGAAAACGAAAUAGGAACUGGGGGCACCUGCCAAUGGAAAAUCUGUGGGCUCGAUCCUAACACUACACUUGCCAUCUACUUUGAAGUUGUGAACCAGCAUAAUGCCCCCAUUCCACAGGGGGGUCGCGGGGCCAUCCAGUACGUCACCCAGUACCAGCACUCCAGCGGGCAGAGACGCAUCCGUGUCACCACUAUCGCCAGAAACUGGGCCGAUGCUCAGACCCAGAUCCAGAGCAUCGCAGCCUCGUUCGACCAGGAGGCGGCCGCCAUCCUCAUGGCCCGGCUGGCCGUGUACCGGGCCGAGUCCGAGGAAGGCCCGGAUGUCCUGCGUUGGCUGGACAGACAACUCAUUCGCCUGUGUCAGAAGUUUGGAGAUUACCACAAAGAUGAUCCCAACUCUUUCCGUUUCUCUGAGACAUUCUCCCUUUAUCCCCAGUUCAUGUUCCACCUGAGAAGAUCUCCGUUCCUGCAAGUGUUUAACAACAGCCCAGAUGAGAGCUCCUACUACAGACACCAGUUUAUGAGGCAGGAUCUAACUCAGUCUCUCAUUAUGAUUCAGCCCAUUCUGUAUGCCUACUCUUUCAACGGCCCACCGGAGCCUGUGUUACUGGACAGCAGCAGCAUCCUUCCCGACCGGAUCCUGCUGAUGGACACCUUUUUCCAGAUCCUCAUUUACCACGGCGAGACGGUGGCUCAGUGGAGGAAAGCUGGCUAUCAGGACAUGCCUGAGUAUGAGAACUUUCGCCACCUGCUGCAGGCACCCGUGGAUGAUGCCCAGGAGAUCCUCCACACCCGUUUCCCAAUGCCACGCUACAUCGACACUGAGCACGGUGGCAGCCAGGCUCGCUUUUUGCUCUCAAAAGUCAACCCCUCGCAGACCCACAACAACAUGUAUGCCUGGGGACAGGAGUCUGGAGCACCUAUUUUGACUGACGACGUGAGCCUUCAGGUCUUUAUGGAUCAUCUAAAGAAGCUGGCAGUGUCCAGUGCUGCCUAAGAAUCUGAGCUAACCUCCCAGCUCAGCACUUCCAUUUCACCUCACAUCAAACCACCUUAGACAACAAGAUUCCACAUAAUUACUUCCAAACGAAUUAACGCCGAAACAUGUUCCAUGUCCCCCCCUCUCUCUGUCAUUACAUUGUAUGUCCGUUAAGCCCUUUAUACAGAUAAACAUCUUUUUUUUUUGUCAUGUCGAUUGUGCUGAGUAACUGCUCAGUCUGUAGUAAUGAUCAGUGAAACAUCAGCAGUCAGUCUGUGCAUUAUAAUAGAGGUUUAUAUGACAGUGGCUUCUCCUCUACAGAAGUGUUGUAUAUCCAUCAGUACAGAUCAUGCGUUCCUGUUAGAUUCAAGCCCAAACCUUUCGUUAACAGCACAGUUGGCAGUAGGUGUUUUUCUUUUUUUUUUUCUUUUGAGAGAGAGAGAGGGAGCAUUUUUUUGGGG